AUGGAAGGAAGGAAGGAGAAGCGAAUUAGAUCAGAGUCAGAUCCCGACGAGUCAGAUCGGGAGAGAUCUGAAAACGGAAGUCAGGUGAAGAAGAAAGAGAAGGAUGCUGCGAGAAGCGGAUCUUCGACACCUGACCGAGUCGGAAGAGGUAGAGGAAGAGGAAGAGGAAGAGGAAGAGGGAGAGGAAGAAAAUCUGAUGGCGGCGAGACUCCGAAACGAUCUAUUCAAAGAGACAUGUCUACUACGCCCGAGAAGGAAAAGUCCGAUGGAACGAGAAACUAUGUGGGAUUAACGUGUCAUCAGUGUAAGAACUUAACGAGCAAGAGUGAUCUAAUAUUCUGCUCAAAGUGUAUCAAGAAGCGCUAUUGCUUUGACUGCGUCGAGAGAUGGUAUCCGGAGAGAACGAGUGAUGGAGUUAGAGCUGCAUGUCCCUUCUGUAAUGGGAAUUGCAAUUGCAGAGCUUGUUUGCGAGAACCUUUGGCUAUCAAAGUGCGAAGUGAAAAAGACGAGGAUGUCAAGUUAAAGCAGUUGCAGUACCUAUUAGUGAAGGUGCUUCCAGCUCUUAGGGAGAUUUAUAGAGAGCAGAAACAUGAAUUAGAGAUUGAAACACAAUUUAGAGGUUUUCCUGUGACAGAAUCUGAUGUUACUUGGUGUAAACUUGACCCAACUGAACGCAUUUACUGUGAUCUCUGCCGCACAUCCAUUGCCAAUUUCGUCAGAAGCUGUCCAAACCCGGAUUGUUUGUGGGAUAUAUGUCUUUCUUGCUGCAAAGAACUAACAGAAGGCUUCCACAAUCAAGAAACAGAUGGGACUGAAAAUGCAGAAGGAAAAGAUUCAAAAGCCUAUGUUCCACCUCAUUUCUCUACCUGGAAGCUUAAUCCAGACGGUACCAUUCCAUGCCCUGGUGGUUGUGGUGCGUCGAAACUGGAGCUGAAGCGAUUAUGCCAAAAAGAUUGGGUUGAAAAACUGAUAACGAGUGCAGAGGAAGUUACUUUGCAGUUUAGUCCACCACCAGAUGUUGAUAACAUUGCUCAUGAAUGUUCCUCAUGCAUCACCAAUCCUGAUUCCACCACUAGAAGGCAGGCGGCGUUUAGGGAGAACGCUCAUGACAAUUUCUUGUAUACUCCAAACGCUGUUGAUCUGGCUGAAGACGAUAUUGCUCAUUUUCAGUCGCAUUGGACGAGAGCAGAGCCUGUUAUAGUCAGAAAUGUUCUUGAGAAGACGUCAGGACUGAGUUGGGAACCAAUGGUUAUGUGGAGGGCUUGUAGAGAAAUGGAUCCAAAGGUUAAUUGUAAAGUAGAGGCGAAGAGCGUGAAAGCUUUGGAUUGCUGGGACUGGUAUGAGGUUGAAAUAAACAUUCAUCAGUUUUUUAAAGGUUACUUAGAAGGUCGAAUGCAUCGUAAUGGUUGGCCAGAAAUGUUGAAGCUGAAGGAUUGGCCUCCAUCGACAUUGUUUGAAGAGCGUCUUCCGAGGCAUAAUGCUGAGUUUAUUGCUGCAUUGCCUUUCUUUGAUUACACUGAUCCAAAGUCCGGUAUCUUGAAUCUCGCAACAAGACUUCCAGAAAAGUCUUUGAAGCCGGAUCUUGGACCCAAGACAUACAUUGCGUACGGUUUCCCUGAAGAGCUUGGUAGGGGAGAUUCAUUGACAAAGCUACAUUGUGAUAUCUCUGAUGCGGUCAAUGUGCUGACACACACAACUAAAGUGGAUAUAUCUGCCAAGCAGUACCAAAGGAUAAAAGCAGAAAAGAAAAAAUACGAAGAAGUUGAAAAAAAGUCAUCGAAAGAAGUGGAUCAAGAUGAAACUUUAAAGAAAAGCAAUGGUCUUUUGGUAGAACAUGGUUUAAAGGAAAAAGCAGCUAACGAAGAAGCAUCAAAUAGCAGUUCGAGACCGUGCAGCUCACAAGAAGUUGAUAAAAUAUUUGGUUCAAAAGGUGACUGUACUAACGUUGAAAGGGCUGAUCCUAUUCCUAUGGAGACGGGUCAUGAUCCAAAGGUUGAUGCGGGUUUAAUUGCUGAAGAGAAUGUAACACUGACAAACGAAUCAGUUGCUGAAGAGAAUCAUAUUAAUGAUGACGUCCGUUUGAAGACAGAGAAAUUAUCUCCAAAAUAUCAAAGAGAAGAUGAUCCCUCGGUGGAGAAUGGACUAGUGAUGCUAACAGCUCUUUCAACUGCCCCAUGGGACACGAAAGAUAGUCUCCCACAGCCAACUGUGAAAGCCAUACAAGAACAGAAACUGGAUACUCCAAAGGAAACUGAGGGAAAUGCCAAUGAGAGGUCAGAGGCUGUGAAUGGUGGUGCUGUGUGGGACAUCUUUCGAAGAGAGGAUGUUCCGAAACUUGUCGAGUAUUUGAAAAGGCACAAGCAUGAGUUUCGUCACACAAAUAACCAACCUAUUAAAGCUGUUAUUCACCCGGUUCAUGACCAGACUCUGUUCUUGAAUGAAAGCCAGAAGAAACAACUGAAGGAGGAAUUUGAUAUAGAACCAUGGACCUUUGAGCAACAACUCGGCGAAGCUGUUUUCAUCCCUGCAGGCUGUCCUCACCAAGUGAGGAACAGACAGUCUUGUAUAAAGGUGGCAUUAGAUUUUGUGGCUCCUGAAAGCGUAGAAGAGUGCCUUAGGCUCACACAAGAGUUUCGGAGAUUACCAAAAGACCACAGAUCCAGCGAAGACAAACUAGAGCUUAAGAAAAUAGUGCUGCAUGCUGCGAGCGCAGCCAUAAGAGAGGCAAAAGAGAUAAUGCGAAAGUCCAUGACACAGUGA